UCUCAGGAGUUGGUACAUCACCGUAACUGUAUUAAAUGAGUCUAAAAACAUCUGGAUAUAACAUGAAAGAAGAUUUCCAUCAGCUAGUCGUGUCCUGUUAAUGUAAAAGUACCCUUUUUAUGAGGUAUUUUUUGCACAGGAGCCUCACAUCAAACGGGCUUUCAGGAUAAUAAGCGUUUUGGUCCGAGAGCCUUUUGAAGUGAGCUGGAUACACAAACACAGUGGAGGUGAAACAAAGUCGCUGCGUGCUUAUAAACUGGAUUUAGGAAAAGUAACAUGAAGGAAAUGGACGCACAGUGAAUAUCUGUGGCGCCUGGAAGUCAGGAUCUAAGCUCCACAGUCAGGAAUUCCUGCUUUUACUGGACUGGAAAUUGGAUUUGGAAGGACCCAAGCAGGCCAGUUAAUGGCACACAUUCUCUAGUUACCCCUCGUAGUCUAAAAAGCCUUUUCCCCCUCUCUGUCUUCAUUUUUCUCUAUGACAUCAUGGUCCUUUGCAGGCCAAAUGUAACAUUAAGGGAUGUCGGUGCUGUAGUUCUGAAGUCUGAGGGGCGUCUGUAUCAGAUGGAGGCAAGCACCAUUUCGCUUAUCUGAUUCCACCUAUCUGUUAAUAAUCACAGAAUUGGAAAACAUUACACCCACCAUGCAGGGAAGGCCCAGGCAGGCCCAGCAGCAGCAGCUAGGAUGCCCAUCACCCAGGAAAACGCACUGAGUCACCUGUCUUUGCUGGAGAGCUGGCUGAAGGUGAACCAGGGAGAGCAGGACCGGGAGGAUGAGCACGGGAAAAAUGCAGGCAGAGCUACGCCAUGUCAGGCUGCAGUGCGCAAGCUGGUAGAGUACAUCCAGCUGAACUUUACAGAUUGCGAGAGCCGCCCGUGCAACGGCAGCGCGCUUAAGGACGAAGCGGACGCAGAGGUCCGAGCCGUCUGCUUAAGCAAGGCUGAAGGAGAUGGCACCGAGUUUGGGCUCAGCUUCGGGAACAUCCCCAUCUUCGGGGAUCCUGAGGGAAAGAAGAAGGUGCGGCGCAGGCGGCGCAAGAGCGAUAAGGGCCCCGUUUUGGAUGUGGGGUGCAUCUGGGUGACCGAGGUGAAGAAGAAGAGCCCCGCAGCACGAUGCGGUGACAUUAAGCUGCGGGACGAGCUGCUGUCUCUCAACGGUCAGCUGAUGGUCGGAGUGGACGUCACCGGAGCCAGCUACCUGGCGGACCAGUGCUGGAAUGGCGGCUACAUCUACCUGAUCAUGUUGCGGAGGAUCAAGCGCAAGGCCCCUCUCCCACCAUGCAAUGGCAGCAGUGGCUGCACAGAAAAUCCCAUUGAGCACUGCGGCAGCGUGCGUUCAGAGACAGUGGUCAGCAGUCCCACACAGAAUGGCAAGCGAACCCGGAAGUUCGGCGUCAUCUCUCGCUCCUCGUUUACCCGAGACAGCAAGGACAGCAAUGACAUUCGCGAUCACAAACAUGAGAAUGGCUACUCAUCGAUGGAGACGGAGGCUACACCCCCAGAGGCCAGCACCCCACUGGGCACUCCAACCGAGGAGAGUCCAGUCAUUGGUCACUCUGCGGCGAUAACCAAUAAUAUCAGCACUGCCACUCUGCCUAAUCGCUCUAACUCACUCCUGUCAGAGAGCUUCAAGUCUCAGACAGGGAGGAAUGAACCAUCCAGUCAGCCCAAGGAGGGCAGUCGUAUCUGGAAGAUGCACUUGGUCAAGGGGCAGGACGGCUUGGGCGUCCAGAUCACCGGCGGCCGUGGCUCCAAACGUUCACCGCACGGCAUCAUCGUGGCUCACGUGGAGAAAGGUGGAGCCGUACAGAGGGAUGGACGAUUGAAGGCAGGUGAUGAGCUGCUGAUGAUCAACGGUCAGUCCCUGGUUGGCCUCUCACAUCAGGAAGCUGUGGCUGUCCUUCGUUCCACUUCAGGCCUCGUGCAGCUGGUGGUGGCUUCCAGGGAUGAGUCUGAAGUGGACUUCCACAAAUACCCAUCUAGCAGCCUGCCUGAUCUUGUGAGCACAUGCUCAGCUCAGGACACGCCGCCGUCCCCAGGGGAUGGGAAAGAGAACAUGGAGCCGGAUGUGGAGGACGUGAGGGCCAGCAGCCUCUCACUGCCCACCCAGGACUCGUUCACAGAUCUGGAUAAGCUGGACGAGCAUGGCCGAAUGGAGGGACCUAAGGGAUGUCGCAGUCCAACACCUAUGAAAUUCCGUAGCAGAUCCCAAGGUGGUGGCAGUCGUCUAGAGUCUGUCGGGGAGGAUGACGAGUUGAUAGUUGAAAAUGGCGAAGCGGGAAGUGACGUGGCGGAGAAACCAGCACAUGGAAGGCGAAAACAUUCCCUCCCACAACAGCUGGACACUGUGGGAAUCCGACAGGAAUAUCAAAUCGUGAAGAAAUCAGCACGGUCUCUAAGUACUGUUCAAGUGGAGUCUCCAUGGCGACUGGCUCAACCAUCUAUUAUCUCCAACAUUGUCCUGAUGAAAGGACAGGGCAAGGGUCUGGGUUUCAGCAUUGUUGGAGGCCAAGAUUCUGCACGAGGUAGGAUGGGGAUAUUUGUUAAGACCAUUUUCCCCAAUGGAGCAGCUGCAGCAGAUGGGAGACUCAAGGAGGGGGACGAAAUCUUAGAAGUGAAUGGAGACUCUCUUCAAGGCCUCACGCAUCAGCAGGCCAUUCAGACCUUCAAGCAGUUAAAGAAAGGCGUUGUUACACUAACUGUGCGAACUCGUCUGAGGAGCCCGAGCUUGACCCCAUGCCCGACGCCCACCCUGCUCAGCAGAUCCAGCUCACCCAAUUCCAACACCAGCAGCAGCACCCCUAUAGCACAAGGCUUCGAUGAAGGAGAGUACCGCAAGGGACCAGGCCCUAAAGACCGCAUCGUCAUGGAGGUUACGCUAAAUAAAGAGGCUGGUGUAGGGUUGGGGAUCGGUGCCUGCUGUUUAACGCUGGAGAACAGCGCUCCUGGGAUCUACAUUCACAGCCUGGCUCCAGGAUCUGUAGCCAAGAUGGAUGGCAGGCUUAGCCGAGGGGACCAGUUGUUGGAGGUAGACUCUGUAAGCCUAAGGCAUGCUGCGCUAAGUGAAGCCUAUGCUAUCCUGAGCGAGUGCGGACCUGGCCCAGUAAGCCUCAUCAUCAGCCGACAUCCAAACCCCAAGAUGUCGGAGCAGGAGAUGGACGAGGUGAUCACUCGCUCGACUCACAGAGAUAGCAUGGGCAGCCAUUCAUCCUACAGUCUGGGACAAUUAUCCAAAAGCCCUUCUCCCAUGAUGAAGACCAGACAAGGUGAUGGCAGCCAGGCUCUCAGCUGGACUAUGAAGAGGUUUUUAGAGCCGGCCAGCAGGCAAGCUUCUCUAAGCUCUGAGGCAGAGCUCUCUCAGUUCUUCUCCCACGAUGUCCCUAGCCAAUCUUCCCUUUCUGCAAUGGGCUCUAGUGAAGAUGGUAUGCUUCACAACAGCAGGAGCUGCAAUACCUCACUGGAUGAGUCAACAGCACCUCAUUUACAUGCUUAUAAAGAGGGUAGCGCUUGUGCCAGAUCUUCCAGCCAUGCUAAUCGAACCACAGAGCGGCAGCCUAGCGUGACCAGCAGCCCCAGCUCAGUUCGUAGCCCCCUGUUACGUCAACGCUGUGUUAUUUGCUAUGAAGACGAAGCCAGUGAUGAAGAUGAAGAUGGACCCUUCAGUCACCUAAAACGUGGCAACUCUGAUGCUGCUCGCCACCAGGAGGACGACUCGGGCAUCGUCGUGGCAACAUCGUCAGUGGAAGUGGAUGAAGAAAGCCAAGACGGUAGUGAGGGCAACCGGCUCGAAGGAGUUACACCAUUUUACAGCAGCUCACUGGAGUCAAUGGAAGGGGGUGGUAACACUGCUGAACUGCCUUUCAUGCCCAUUUACUGUUCUGAUCAUAGCACCAGUCUGGGCACAAGGAAAGAGGCCAAGCGCUCACCCAAGCUGGAGCACAAAGCUGUAACACGUGUCAAGAGCAUGAUGAGCAUCGAAUGCCCUAACAUACCACAGAAACCCAAGACUGAGGAGAUCACUCCCCAGGGGGCCCACAACCAAGCCACCCAGAGAGGGAGAACCCAGCACCACUGCAGGAGAGGUGAACCCAGUGAGCUGGCAGGCAUCUGCACUAUUGAGACUGUGGUGCUAAAGCGCAGUGAGUCUGAAUCGUUUGGACUUGACUUGGAGAUCAAGUCAUCUCCUCUGAAGGUUCUGAUUACUGGACUGAGACCUGGAGGUGCUGCUGAGAGGGAAGCCAGGGGGAGAAUGAAUGUGGGAGAUGAAAUAGUGGCCAUCGGUGACACUCCAGUGUGCACCUCGUCCUAUCAGGAAAUUUGUGAUCUCAUGCACAACCUGCCAGUCACACUGACCUUAGAGAUUCAGAAGCCAGUCUCAGCUGUAGAUCGACUCUCCACUUUGAUGAUGUCUUCUGGCACUGAGCAGUCUACUAAGAUAGAGAUGUCAAAGGCUCCACCCGAGGAGAAAACAAGCAUGGACAAAACUGUUGUUGAAAAUGAAGAAAUUUCCCCUACGGAACCGAAUUCUUCAGAGAUGGAAGCAAUCCACACCGAAGAGGUGCCUGUCACUUAUAUCGACGACGUGAUAAAUGAGUUAAACACCAACACAAAGUCAGGAUCAACAACUCGUUCUGAUGCUGCUGACAUGCCUCCGUGUGGAGAAAAGAGCAUCAUUAACCCAGAAAACAUGGAAAAUGGGACUUCCCCACCACUACAGACGAAUCUUUUGGAUUUUUCUGUCUUGGAUUCAGGGAACAAAGGUUGCCUUUUGCCAGUGGGGAAGACGUUUCUGCACAGUUACUCCAGAAAUUAUAGUCAGCUCUCGGAUGAAAACACAGACCUUUCCGUGAAAGGAUGUGAAGACAAAUCAAGCAUGUACAAUAUGUUAGAUGAUAGCGAUUCCGAGAGUGACUCCGCUACAGAUGGUGCUGUGAAAAAUGAAAAGUCUCAGAGUGACUGUAAAGAUACUCAGGACACUGACUCUGAUGAGGAGGUUGAGCUGUGUUACAGCGUAGUCAGUCAGCUCCAGCCAAAUCAAGAGAAGGACAGUUCCCCUACUCCUAAACAAGAUAUCUCAGGAAACCAGACAGAUAAGGGGCUGAUUGCUGAUGAAGUACCUCAAAAAGCAUCGUUGCACUUCCCAGACUCAAAGAGAACAGACUUUUCUACUCCUAUCACAGCACCACAGAGUACACUCAUUCCCCAGUCUACAAGUUCAGAGUCUGGUUUGAGUGGAGUCUCUAAGCACGAUUCGGAAAAAAAGCAGACAAUGAGUGUGACUCAGGGAGAUUUGUCAAACCCAGAGCCACCAGACAGCAAAACUGAUGAGAAAAUUGAAAAGGCUUUGGCACCUGUCAAAACCAGCGUGACACUUUCAAGUGUCAGUAAUCCCCCUGGAGCUCAGAAUAACAGACAUGUUACCCCACGGAGUCAAGAAAGGACAUCUAAAAUGCACUCAAAUGAAUUGUUUACCUCAGAUGAACCCAGUACUGUGCAAGUGCCAUCCAUGUCAACUGUGACAGGGCCAAAGGCUUCACAUUUUUCCAGUGGGAAAACAUCCAGUACACAAACUACAAAGGCCACAGAGAAAGAAAAAACACAUGACUCUAUAUCUCUUUUUUCUGAAACUCACACCAAGUCCAGCACUCUUAGACCUUUGGAGCACAAGACUCUGAACAAUAACCCUGUCUCGCCCAGCUUAAAUAGCAGACUUAAACUCGAAGAGAAGUCAAGCUGUUCUGCCAAAUUGAAAGGUUUAAGUAUUAAGAGUAAAUGCAAAAGUCUAGAGCAAACAGGCAGCAGAACUGCCAGAGCUGAAAGCCCUUUGUUAAAAAAGACCACUUCCUCUCCCACUCAGUCUCCCAAAUUACCAGUCAAUAGAAUCACUCCUACAAAUAGUCCGAAAAUUAGUAGAUCACAAGAGAAGAGUAGUUCUGCUCUUGUUAAAACAGGUGACCAAGACAGAAAUCCUUCUGAUAUGUCCAUUACCUUAAAAGCGAAUGACACUCUCAAGUCUGAACAUAUGUCCGAAACAGAAUACAAAAAUUCUCUUUCAAAGCAAAGUGAGGCAGUAUCUAAAUGCGAGAGCGCAGCUACACAAAGAACCUUCAUUGAAGUGCGACUCUCAUCUUCUUUAUCCCCAUCGUCUUCAUCUGCACCAGUUCUAGCAUGCAAAGAAGCCGCAAAUCCUGAUUCAACUCAAGUUCAAGAAAGCCAUCUCAUUCUCAAGGAUAACUUAUUGCAGGAAGAGUCACCACCCAAACUCUCUUUGGGAACUUGUAUGUCUUUUGACUCCACUAUGUCUAAAAAUGAGCAAAAUGAUUCUAAUAAAAUUUCGCCUAAACCUGUUGACAGUGUAUGUAGCAACCUGUCUCCCACAGAGACUAGUAGUCUUAAACCAGGCAAAUCCAAACUUUACCUUAAAGCACUGGACCGAAGGAGCUACUCCACAGACAGUGACGCUCUCAAACGCCACUCCUUGUCUGUUCAGCAAAGAAUCAAAUCCUUUGAGAACUUGGCUAGUUUUGAACGUCCAGUUGUAAAAGGCAUUGACAUCCAGUCUUACGCUGCUGGCUCGAAAGCAGCUAUGAACAAGAGGUUGUUUGGUCCAGCCCAGUCCAGUGAUAAUCACCCUCUAAAAAGGAGUCUUAGCUCUUGUGUAGAAAUGUUAAACUUUGGUCACUCUUCUUCACUGCAGUCACAGAACUCUUCUAAUACAGUUAUGAACCAUUCUGAAUCAUCACCUUCAACUGGUCCCACUGGGCCACUGACAGAGGAGGAAAGAGCAACACCUGAAGUCGCCGUACCUCGGUCCAGUGCAGUACCACAUACUCCGCCAGUGCUGCGCUCCCGUAACGCCCGGUCUAAUAGUGGAAUAUCACGGUCAAAACUGAGGGAACUAAGAGCACUUAGCAUGCCUGAGCUUGAUAAAUUAUGCACUCAGGACUUCUCACAGGAUCCUGGCAAUGUCAUGUUUAAGACAGAGCUGGAAAUUCAACCUACAAGACCCGCAAAAUCCCCAGCAGACAACCUUCAGUGUACUGUAGUGACCAGGAUGAGCAUGGUGGACCCUGGCUCAAUUAGCAAUGGGGAGCAUGCUCAGGAGCAAACUGUCAGACAAUCAAGUUGGUCUGUUAGUCUGAAAGAUUUAUCAUCCUCACCGGUGGAGCAGAAGAAGGUGCAGAAUGUCCUAAAUUCCCUUCCGGCUGUAUUGGAUGUGAUGAGUCUGAUAAAGGAGGUUAAAAAUGUUUCAGAGGUUAAGGAGGAUAUUUAUUUUGUGGUCUUGACAAAGAACGAGGGUUCUGGACUGGGUUUCAGCAUCGCUGGAGGAGUGGAUCUGGAGCAGAAACUGAUCACUGUCCAUCGAGUAUUCACUCAAGGCGCCGCCGGCUUGGAAGGUACCAUUCGUCGGGGGGACGUUGUGUUGUCCAUAAAUGGGAGCAGUCUAAGUGGGAGAACCCAUGGCGAGGCUCUGUCCUGUCUCCAUCAGACCAAGCUAGCCAAACAGGCACUCGUGGUUGUCCAAAGAGGCAAAGACAGUGAACCUGUCUCCGUUAGACAGGAACUUCUUUUGAAACCCAGAACUUAUUCUUCCUCUGCUUUUCCAGACAUCAGCAGGGAAAAUGGGACAGCUGUGGAGGUUGGUCCGGAUGGAGCAUUAAGAGUGGAGCUGAUGAAGACGUCAGCAGGUCUGGGUUUCACCUUGGAGGGGGGCAAAGCUUCAGCCCAUGGCGACCGUCCCCUUUACAUCAAACGCAUUUUCCGAGGAGGUGCUGCUGAACUCUCCCAGGUUAUUGAUGUUGGAGAUGAGCUCCUGGCUAUCAAUGGCAGGUCUUUGCAGGGCCUAAUGCACUAUGACGCCUGGAAUGUUAUAAAGACUGUGUCCGAGGGUCCGAUCCAGCUAGUCAUUAGAAAACCACGCACUUCUGUAUGACCUCCGAGGACUCGCGUGCUGUAUGUAAACGCAGUGCCAAACUGAUCUUGUUGUACAUAUGAAGACUUUCUACCCUUUUUAUAUACUUGUUUUGUACCACGUCUCUAUGACAAUACAUUUUUCUAGCGAGGACCCGGCUGAUUUUCGAGGGUAUUUCGAAAGGAGGGCGUCUUCUCUACGAGUAUUUGUGCAAUCAGUGUAGCUAAGCAGGUACUUAUUUGUACAGUGUAAUUACAUGAUCAUGAAAUGAACAUUUUGCUCUAGAUGGAUUUAUUAUUUUAUAAAAAAGCUUCUUCCCCAAGGAUGCUAAAGUUCUGACUGCUUGACUGACUUGAAGCUUUCACUUUGACAGUUGUGAAAUCGUCCCUCUUAUUUCCUUUUCAUUUCCUCAUUGCCUUUUUUUUAAACCUAUUCACAGCCACAUAAAAGUUUUUACAGUUCCUGUAUAAAAUGUUUGUUUUGUUCCAUUUGUUGUGCUAAAACAUAUUACACACUCCUGAUGGAACUGCUAGCUGUCAUGCUUAAAAUAUCCCACAUUUCACCCACAGUAUUUUUCUGAAUUGCAUUUUAUUCUGACUAACUGCAGAACAUUUUGCAGGACUUAAUUGCCUUCUUGUAGCUGUGAAUAUUUUUUUUCAAUAGAUAAACUCAUCACAGACCUUGAGCUAUAACUCUGAUAUGUUGAAUCAACACAGCAUCGAUGCUAAAAUAACAUCCAGCAUGAAUUAUUUGUGUAAAUAUUUGCGAUCAUGAAGAAAUAUUGCAGUCAUGGAAAAAUGCCCUUUUGUGAAUAGACAUGAAAUAUUUUUUCAGUGCAGUGCUGUUAUUUAUUUCUUAAUCUUUCUUUCAAUUAUGUUAACUACCUUAACAUGAACAUUUCCUUCCUUUUACCACUUUUUCUUUUGUUUAAAAAAUGACUCACAAAGGUACUGGUAGCACCUUUAUGCAUAUGCUGUUGCUACAUUUUAGAGUCUAUGCUGACCUUUUAUUUAUGUAAGCUCACCUGAAAAAGAGGCCUGGCAUUUUGUGCAAAACAUAUUGUUUCAUAUAUUUGAUUU